CGAGAGGGCGGGCCAACCGAAGCCGGAGGCGGCCGCCUUGCAACAGGCGAGGGGUGCCGUUUGCGCCCGGCUGGAAGCGGUGUCAUGGAGGGGGCGCCGCUGCUGUUGGAGCUGGCCAACUGGAGCGCCAUUCUGGGCUGCGCGGUGCUCAAGCUGCCGCAGGGACUCGUCUUGCUGGCGACUAAGUCCGCCCGGGGACUCAGCUUGGAGAGUUUGGUGCUGGAGCUGAGCGGCUUCCUUGUAUGCCUGCGGUACCAGAGUUACUACAGUUAUCCUCUGUCAACUUAUGUAGAAUAUCCCAUCAUCAUUGCGCAAGAUGUCAUUCUCUUGCUGUUUGUUCUACAUUACAGUGGCAAAAUGAAGCAUGCUUUGCCUUACACUGUCGUAUUUGUUGUGAAAUGGUAUGUGCUAGGUCUGCAGAAAUGGAUAGUGGACCUGGCUAUGAAUUUAUCCACUCUAGUCAGUGCAGCAAGUAAAUUUGCUCAACUCAGGUGUCUUUGGCAGACUAAAGAUUCUGGACAAGUGAGCGCUUUGACUUGGAGUUUAGCUGCAUACACCUGUGCAGCAAGAAUAUUUACAACAUUGAUGACAACAAAGGAUCUUUCAGUUCUUGUCCGUUUUGUGGUUAUGAUGGCUCUUAAUGUAUGGGUCACAGCAACUAUAUUGCAUUACAGGAAGACUGCAAAGAAGACUGACUAAAACACAAGCUCCUCUGCCUAUUUUAAGUAGUCUGGAACAAAAGGAACGAAAAAGCCAAUAUAAGGACCUAUAAUUAGGACCAAAAGUAUUGAUUUCAUAGGAAACUGACAUUCCAUUUAAUAGACUGUUGAAACUUAUAUGCUGAAAAUUGGGCUCCACUAUACUGAUAGAACUCCACAAAUCUUUUGAAAUAUGCACCAUUUGCUUCCACUGUGGUUCUUCUAAGAAAUGUUAAUAUUUGGGCUCUAUCCACUUUACAUGUUUUAUUCUUGUUUACUGGACUAUGUACCCAAUCAACUUUUCAGAACUCCCCAUUCCUGAAUGAUCUUUGUCUACACACUUUGACCAAGGUAUGAGCACAUCUCCUACCGCACAGUAAGGCUUGUUGCCAAGUAGGCUAAAGGUACAACAUUUACAAAUGUUUCAGAUGCCUUACACAUAUCACAGUUCAGUAAAUUUAAAGCACAGUUAAAUCAUGGCAGUAAUGUAUCCUGCAGAGGAGGACUUCCAAGCUUAAUGCAGCAGGCUUUUGGGUGGGGCACACUCUCGAUUCUCCUGGUCCUUGUUCCACCUGCUUGAAAAAUCAACAGCCCUUUUAACUUACCUCGUUAAGAGACAGAAACUAUGAAUGUGCUUUAACUAAGGCUGUUUAAAAAGUUUCAGGCACAAGGAGGGACUCUGUUGAAACAGCAAGUAUUUUCUCAUAAUAUAGUUUGACGCUAAAACCUUCUUGCGUCUAAAGCCACCAUGAAUUCAGUUCUUACAUCAAGGAGCACACUGUGUGAAUAGCAAUCCCAGUACCAUUGCUGGGAAACCAUUGUUGGGACUAGUUGAUAGGUUAUGGAACUUAAAAAAAUCUAAAUAUGAAUCUCGAUUCCGUGAGGAAAAAGGCCACUCCACUGAAGAACAAAUACUUCAUAAUCGGAACUACUUUUAUCUACUCCUGUAUAGUGAGGGGGAAACCUUCUCUUUGCACUUAACCUUGUAAAAUGGAUUUCUAACCUUUUGAAGUCAAUCAUGAAAUUCUGUAUGUUUAGGAAUCCAAGGAGCCAAAUUAAAAGUUUUAUAUGAA